GACGCAACUCAAGACUUGCAAUUUCUUGCAGUUCUUUCCUGUAGCCGUUUUCUAACCAAACGCGUUUCUUCAAAGUGUUCUCAUCAGGUGAGUACCCAAUGUCCCGCGGACGUUACUGUAGAAGAUAUUCACCCUGAGAAGAACGAUCCCCUCCUCGUCAAACAGAAGGAGAAGUCUGGGAUGCCGUGUAUCAAACGGGAGGCAGAGCCAGAGACCCACGACAUGAAAGAAGAAGAACAGGAAGAUGAAAUCAUUGCAGUGACCGUCGGUGUUAAGAGUGAAGAAGAUGAAGGUCUAAGCGAACAGAGCACAGCAGCGAACCCUUCGAGCGGCAGCUCAUUUCAGCACGUGACAACAAAAGGAGAGGGACGAUCGCAACCGGACGGCCUCUUAGCUCCGCUUUCGGACAGCGACGACGUAACGUCACAUUCUUCUGACUUUAAUUCUGAUGAGGAAGAUGAUGACUUUGACCAAAAUGCUUCAAAAUCUUUACACAAGUCAUCAACGAAAAGAGACACAAAGGAAUGUGUAGUCGAGAAACCUUUCACCUGCACACUUUGCGAUAAAAGAUUUUCUCAUAAGCAUGUUUUAGAACAGCAUAAGCGUACACACACUGGAGAAAAGCCUUUUGCCUGCACAUCUUGUGGUAAACGAUUCACCCAUAAGGGAAAUUUAACCAAACACACACGCAGACACACUGGAGAGAAGCCUUUCGCCUGCACACUUUGUGAUAAAAGGUUUUCUCAGAAGACUACUUUAGAAAUACAUAAGGGCACACACACUGGAGAGAAGCCUUUCACCUGCACACUUUGCGGUAAAAGAUUUUCUCUGAAUUCUAGUUUAAAUAGACAUAAGCGUACACACACUGGGGAAAAGCCUUUUGCCUGCACUUCUUGUGGUAAACUAUUCACCCAUAAGGAAAGUUUAAACAAACACGUACACACACACACUGGAGAGAAGCCUUUUGCCUGCACACUCUGCGAUAAAAGAUUUUAUCAGAAGACUGAUUUAGAAACGCAUAAGCGUACACACACUGGAGAAAAGCCUUUUGCCUGCACAUCUUGUGGUAAACGAUUCACCCAUAAGGGAAAUCUAAGCAAACACACACUCAGACACACUGGAGAGAAGUCUUUCACCUGCACACUUUGCGAUAAAAGGUUUUAUAGUAAGGCUGAUUUAAAACUGCAUCAGCGCACACACACUGGAGAAAAGCCUUAUGUCUGCACGUGUUGUGGUAAACGAUUCACUCAGAAGGGACAUUUCGUAUUGCACACAAGAAACCACGCUGGAGAGAAGCCUUUUGAGUGCACAUUUUGUGGUAAAAAAUUUGUCGAUAAGGGAGGUUUAAACAAACACACAAGCAGGCACACUGGAGAGAAGCCUUUCGCCUGCACACUUUGCGAUAAAAGAUUUUCUCAGAUGAAUAUUUUAGAAAAGCAUAAGCUUACACACACUGGAGAAAAGCCUUUCGCCUGCAUAUGUUGUGGUAAACGAUUCACCCAUAAGGGAAAUUUAAACAAACACAAACGCAGACACACUGGAGAGAAGCCUUUCGCCUGCACACUUUGCGAUAAAAGAUUUUCUGAGAAGUCUAAUUUAGAAAUACAUAAGCGCACACACACUGGUGAAAAGCCUUUUGAAUGCUCACUUUGUGGUAAAAGAUUCGCUCAGAAAGGAAAUUUAGUAACCCACGCAAGAACCCACACUGAGUAAAAACCUUUGACUUGCAGCAUGUUACAAAAUAUUUGGAUUCCUGCCACGCAUUUGCAGUGGGAAAAGCAUUUCAAUUUCCUUAUUCAGUUUCUCUGAAGCCUGUUUUGAAAAAGUUGUUGAAAUGAUUUUUCAGGUAAUGUUCUUUUUCUAUCCAAUAUAUCUAUUCAAUAAA